AAGCGUUGCUGUGAUAAGUGAGAAUGCAUUUCUGUUAAACCAUGCGCAAAGUAUAGUUCAACUUUAUAGAACCAAUUUCUGUGAUAAAAGUGUACGCUCAGCAUGUUUGAACAAUGUUCUGUUCGAUAUUACCAUGCCAUACGAUCACAGGGAAGUGGCGGAAGUACUCGCAAAGAAAUCCAAGAGAAUAAAAACUGUAGGCAUUCUUGAUGAAGUCACCGAGAAGAUUUUGCACAACCAUGCAUUCGUGCUCUCUAAACUGCAAACGAUGGAACCUCCAAAAGAAGGACCCAACUCGAAGGCGCUUGAAUUUGUUGAAAAUUUUAACUCGUCGACCAACUACGACAGUGUACGUUGUUUCCGUGGUCAAAAUGCUACCAACAAUACCAUCCUGACGGAGAUGGACGGUGAAACUUACCUUAUACCGCCGGGCGUAAAGUUUAUUAACUCUUCCAUCGACCGGUUUGCUGAGUACAUAAUGGAGGACGAAAAGUUUGACCUGAUAUUGCUAGAUCCGCCUUGGUGGAAUAAAUACAUUCGACGGGUAAAAGCUGCAAAUGCAAAGAUUGGUUACCGGAUGCUCACAAACGAGGAUAUCCAAGCAAUACCACUGGAACGGCAUUUGCAUGCCGAUACGUUCGUGGCUGUUUGGUGUACUAACGCACCGACACAUAUUGAUGCUGUAAAGAAAAACUUCUUCCCCAAAUGGGGCCUAGAGCUGGUCGCAACGUGGUACUGGAUAAAGAUCACCGCAGGGGGACAGCCGGUGUGUAAAUUCAAUGAACCCGGCAAGAAACAACCGUACGAACGAAUUUUCAUAGGCCUACCUGCUGGUUCUCCGUUGGCGAAAUCUAUUCCCAGCGAAUGUUUUCUUUACAGUGUUCCCAGUGCGAUACACUCCCACAAACCACCCAUUUACGAUUUAUUCACCAAAAAAUUCCUACCGAAAGCAUCAUCUUGCUUGGAGUUAUUCGCUCGAAGCCUCUACACUGGUUGCACCUCGUACGGAAUGGAAGUGUUAAAAUUGCAAAACAAACGUCUUUACGAACUGGCCAUGGAGGAGAAAAAUGUGCUUGGUUGCAUAUAAAAUAAUAAAUAGAACAAAUUGUGAAUGUGCGGACUCAUUCCAACUUCUAGUGGUGGCCGUUCGCUUGUUCCGUUUUGUAGCCGCUGGGGUUCAUCGUUUGCCAUCGCCAAAAAUCUUCACCUACAAAUUGAAGCAGAGUCAAAGUAUUACGGAGUGAUUUCCACGGACUGUUAAUGUGCAUCACAUGCAGUUAAAGUGUACUUACACAUCUCUUCGACGCUGUGUACUGCUUUCCAUCCAAGUUCGGUUUCGGCGAGGGUGGCGUUUGCGAACAUGGACGAGAUAUCACCUGCACGGCGGGCUUCAACAACGUAAGGAAUUUUUACUUUGUUCACCCGCUCGAAGGUUUUCUACCAGCAUACUUUCAGACCGAGGUGCUCCUUGUCUAGUUUAUUCAAAGCGGCCACGUGUCCACUGGCCAGAUCCAUCACGUGCACGUAGUCCCGCACUCCCGUUCCGUCCGGUGUGUCGUAAUCGUUACCGAAGAUGGUCAGCACAUCCUUCUUUCCGAUCGCUACCUGGCUGAUGUACGGCAUCAGGUUGGUGAACUGCUUCGUCGGAUCUUCCCCGAUACGGCCCGACUUGUGUGCCCCGACCGGGUUGAAGUAGCGCAGGGCAAUAAUGUUCCACUUCGGGUCGGCUCGCACCGCAUCCUUCAGCAUUUCCUCGAUGAAGUACUUCGUGCGCCCGUACACGUUGGUAACGUUUCCGGUCGGGUUCUCCUCGGUGAUCGGUAAUCGCUCCGGCUCGCCGUACACCGUGCACGAGCUCGAGAAGACCAUCCGGUAAAUGCCCAGACUGUCCAUCACCUCCAGCAGGUUGAUCAUGCCGAUCAUAUUGUUCUUGUAGUACAGCAGCGGGUUGGUCAUCGAUUCGCCGACCGCUUUCAGUGCAGCAAAAUGGAUCACCGAGUCAAUGUGGUGCGCAGCGAAGAUUCGCUCGAGGGCGUCCUUGUCGAGCAGAUCGCACCGAUAGAAAUGGACCUUCUUACCGGUGAUCUGCUCAACUCGCUGGAGAGCGACGGAUUCAUUUUUGGCCGAGUUGACCGAGUUGGUGAAGUUGUCCAGAGCAACCACACUGUAGCCGGCCUCGAGCAGCGAUACGACCGUAUGCGAACCGAUAUAUCCGGCACCGCCCGUCACCAGGACGGUUCCUUUGUGCUCACCCGUCAUGUCGAUAAUGGUGGAACUGGAAAAAAGAAACGAAAAUGGACGCAAAAAGGUAUGAUGAAGUUUAUAACAAUCGGCUGGUUUAGCGCUAGCCUGUCUAGGCCGGCCACGUUAUUUCUAGCACACCCACA